AUGGCUGGAUGGAUGGAUUUGGUAUACGAUCGACGCGAGAAUUCAUCAAAGUUAACUCUGACAAUGAGGUAGGAGAAUAUCUCAAAACGUUAUGGAAAACUGAUUUGUUAACAACAUUCGAGAAAUGUUCGUUUUCCUAGUGUUGAAAAUUUAAAAAAAUCGGACUCCAAACUUUCUUGAUGUGUGUAUUUUUGCGUCAAAUGUUGUGCAUACACACAAUGAUGCAAUAUUUUUUCAAAAACACGCUGUCCACAAAUGAAAAAACGCUGCCCUGUCUGCACUCUGACACACGGCAUACUAAACUGUGUGUGUCUGUUCGUUCUCUCCGAUCGCAACACUCUCUCGUCAUCUUUUUUCUCUCGGUUUCUUCAGCGGGAGGCGCUCUCUCGUUUUUUUCUUUUUAAAAAAAUUUCAGCAUUUUUUCAUUGAAUACUCUGAAAAUCGUGGGUUUCAUCAAAUGAAUUGUAUAUGAGAAGAAAGAGGAGCAUCUCACGAAAGCAGAGAAAUACAUUUUGAGAAACAUUGACCACAUUUUCAAUCAGAAAAUCGACAAACAAAACCAAUGACCGUUUUGACACUGAUUCUGAGCUUUCUCUUCGGGAUAUUUUGAAAAAAAUACAAAAAAUUCAUUUUUUAGGUUACGUGCCAUGUUAACCGACAUUUUUCUGUAAUUAGUUUCAGGAUAUAAACUCGAAUUUAUGAAACAACAUUUAUUCUUAUUCAAAAUCGCCCUAAUUUCGAUUAGAAUUCAACGAAAAUUAUAAAAUUAAUUCGAUCCUGGUGAAUCCAUACGAAGCAUUCCAAUCUCAGAGUGUAAUUGAGAAGAUUCGAGUUGGUAGAGGACCUGGAAAAUAUACACUAGACAAUGGUGAUAAAUUUUGAAAAGUAGCUUUGAAAACGAGUUUUCAUGAACCUUCAACGAGACAGAAUUUUGUAAAAAACGAACCAAUUCACUAAAUAGUGCUUCUCAAAGUUCGGAUAACGUUCAUAAGCAAUAAUCCAUGGCUCAGAAGUUUAACAAGUUCGCCAUUGAACAUGACUGUUGUCUCUCUCUCCCAGAAUCAUAGAAUAUCGACACCAAACUCCAUCCAAUCUUCGAUUUUCUCCAUGAUUCGUAUUUAUCUGACAUCCUCUCACAUUUUUUUGCAUCAACUAUUUCGAUAUUUGAAGUUCAGUUUUGGUGGAAGCAUCGAUUUGAAGUUGAAAAUUUCAUAUUUUCGGACAACGCAAAGAGCUGUAUUCUGGAGUUUUUUGAUUUUUUGAACAAUUCUCCUUCUCAACGUGCGCUUCUGUAGAUGUCCCAUAACCUGUAAAACUAUUUUUCUUGCUCAAAAAUUUGAAGUCAAAAAAGUUGAAAAAACACUCACUUUUCCGCUCGAAUGUUCUCCUUGAAUUUCGACUCGAUAUGAGAUGUUUUAUAUAUCUCUGUCUUCCAAAUCUCUUCUAUUUUGAAGUUUAGCUUCGUAUUAGCGCAGAAAAAAAUCGUGGCGACCAAAAAACACGAAAAAAUAAAGAAAAAGUUUUUUUUCAAUGGAAAAAAGUGAGUGCAGCAAACGCGCUCCAUCUCACUCAGCGAACGACGAGAGAGUGAGACGCAGACUUCACGCAGGUGUGGAGGCUGUGAUAUAUAUAUAAAAAACAUUUUUUUUUUCGUUUUUUUCUGUUUCGUCGCCAAAAACUUCGAAGCGAAAGCAGAAAAGCCGAUUUUCAGGAUCGUCUCAAUUAAAACGAAUAUUUGGUGGGUUUUUCGAUUAUUCUACAACGCAACAAAACGGUUUUGGAGUAGAAAGGUGAGGUUUAUUUCAAAAAACAAAAAAAGUGUGUAAAAUUUUACUGAUUAUGAGAUCUCUACGUCAUAGCGCGAAAAAGUACAAAAACUAAAUAUUUCCUCAGCCAUUAAAACAACUGUUGGCAACAGAAACUUGAGGACAUUAUUUUCAUCGUUCAUGAUCAUUUUUUGCUCCAAACUUUUCAUCUCUUCUCUUUUAUUUCCGUUCAAAUUGUUUAUCAUGAAAGGGGUAUUCCCGCACUCUUUAUCACGAGGUCGAUGAUCUUUUCUCUCAUUUUUUUCAUCGUUUUUUGACAGAUUACUGUAACGAAGACAUUGGGGAACACCAUUUUAUUGCAAUGCAAAAAAAGUCGUAAAAACUGACUGACUGAUUACGAAAAAUGUAGAAACUUUGGUAGAAGAAAACCGCUCAGAUACUUACUUACAAGUAAGAGUUUUUAUGAGUAGAAAAACAAUAAAAAACGUUUUUAGACGGGUUUCCCCGCGCACAUGGUUACUGUUUUUAUUUUCUUGAUAAGGAUUUGAUCAUCUAAUUUUUUUAUUUCAGUUUGUCUCAACUUCCUAACAAAAUCGUAAACAUGUAUCGAGACGACAUAAAAGUUCAAAAAGUGUUUUGUCGUAAAGUUGCUGAACUCAUUUAUCAUUCACUUUUUUGGUAGAAAACCCCUGAUAAUGGGGGUAUUCCCCCAAAUUGUUUACUGAUUUAUUACCAAUCGACUGAUAGAGGCUACUGUAAAAACCGAAGUUGUUGUCGUCUUUCUCCAUUUUUUUUAGUUGAUCGCAGAAUGUUUGAAUGUCAUGAGAUGAGGACACUUUUUGUUCAUUUGAGAGUUAUAUUUAUUGCUUAAAAAAGAUUACACAUUGUGAACUCUUCUUGGUCUAUGACCAAUAUUAUUUUGUGCUUUUUUCAUCUUUCGCUCGAUAUUUCAUCGGAUCGGAAAUGAACAGUUUUAUCUAGCAAGAAUGUUUUGGUUUACAACGAAACACGCGGUCGGUCGGUUGGUUUCCAAAAGGCGUAUCGCGAAGAAACAGUUUUUUUGGUUGUGAAAAAGAUUGAUGAUUUUCACAGUUUCUUUUAUUAUUCCCACUUUUCAGUUCACAAUAGUUCUAUUGAAUCAUCUUCGCUUUUUCUCGCUAAAAUUUUCUAUUUAUAUUCAAAUUCGUUGCUUAUUUCUUUUCUGCCUAUUGUUGCACACGUGGGAAGAAAUUUGUGCUUUUAAAGUGGACAACUGUUCAAAUUUGCGUCACUUUAGAAUUGUUCAUUUCAUGUUUUAUCAACAAAAAAAUGUCUGACUUGAAACUUUUCAUUUAUGUUGUACUUAUCUUUGUCGCAUGAGGAUCGAAUUUCAUCACUUCAAAGUGUUUGUUUAUUUCAAUAUCUAUAUAUUUCCAAGUUUUUUAAAUUUUGGAAACAUCCAGAAGAAUAACAAAACAAAAAAGAUCAUCGACCCUUGAUCGUCACGAUUUCUUGAUUUUCGCCGCCGUCGCCAAGAUUUCAAUUGAAGUCGUAAAACUCAUGAUAACAAAAUGUGACCCUGUGCCUUUAUUACCGCGCACUCGCACUCCCCGAAAUUCGAUGUUUUAGUUGCCACAAUUAGUGUCUCUUUCAUUUCUUGGCUACCUAAACUAUUGUCUCGAUUUUUGCUGAGUUGAAUCAUACAUUUUGGCGCGCGCGCGAGCGAAGAACGAGCCAGAUGCCAUUGCAUCAUUUUUUUUCGUCUUGAGAAAACGGACACUUUUUUUUCGCAUUUCUCUGUGUUUCCACGGUUUUGCAUAUUUUUCGGCGAAAGCUGGAUAUGUUCAGAGAAACAGAGAUUGUUGUUUUUUUCCAAAAAAAAAACGUUCAUUGACACUUUUUUGCUGAUAACACUUUUCAUAGGUCAUAAAAUAACAAUGUUGAAACAAAAAAAGCGCCUAUUUCAUAUUGCUUUUUUUUCAGUUUUUAUUAGCUCAAUCUCUUUGCCAGAUGUUCAGACAUUUCUUUUUUCUUUUUUGAGUGUCCGCAGGUGUCGCGCCAUUUUCAGUAUUCUCUUAUAUAUAUUUUUUAUAUGGAGAAAGAUACUAACUACAAAGCGUUAAAACAUUUUUAGCCACUUUGGUUAAAUUCAGACCACCUGAAUAGUUUCGUCUUUAUAGAUUUGAACAAAGUUUACAAUAAGUUAUUUAACUUAACCCACACACGUGGUUCAUUAUCGUCAUCUUCUCUCAAUUACAAUAAAGACGAAACUCAAAUAGUCGAGUCCGAAAGUUGAAAAAAAGUCUAAAUAAAUUAUAUAAAUAUCACCGCCCUCUCUCUAUUUCUAUAUCAUUUUAAACUUUGUGUUUGGUUAGGUUAACACCUAAACGUUUUGCAGAAAACCCUGCCAACUCUAAAAAUCGUUAUAAAAAUGUCGAUGAUGUUACCGGAAAAGGGUAUUUUCGAUGCAUUGAAAGUCGAAUCAAAUGAUCCGGCUUAUGUGAAUCGCGAUGAUCCGGCAAAAGCAACUCAACUUGAUGAAAAAUCAUUGGCUUUUAUUGGUGAUGUUUUGGGUCGAAAGAAAUCUGUGGUUCCUUUGAUGGCUCAAACUAUUAAUCAAUUAACUCUUGUUCAAAAUGAGAAAAUGGAAAGAGCCGCUGAAUUGAUUUGCAAUCUCUUCAAACUUCCACACAGCUCGGAUUGCUCAUUUUUCCGACUCAUUAAAGUGCUCAAAUCUUUUGGAUUGCGUGACAAUGAUCCAAGACUCAAACCAAUGUUUGAUCGAAUGAAAAAACACGAUGAAGAAAAUGAGGAUUCUCGACAAUGGGCUAUGAAUAUGGAACAAUUCAAAGAGUUUGUCAUAAUUUAUGCUAUUUAUCUCAUAAAAUGCUCAUUUUCUUUCAGAAUUAUCUUCCCAUGCACCAUUCUCAUCUCAAGAACUCUUCGAAAUCAAUUGAUUAUUCCAUCGUGGAUUGAAUUUACUCAAGCCAUCGAAAAUAUCUUCAAUCAAUGCAAAGAUAUUCAAGAAGGUGAAAAUGCAUCGUAUAUUCCACAAUUAGCAAGACAAUCGAGCCAAAAUUGGGGAAUGUCGAUUUGCACAAUUGAUGGACAAAGAUUUUCGUUGGGAGAUUCGAAGAAAAAUUUCUGCUUGCAAAGUGUUUCGAAGGUGAGGCAAAAUUUGAAAUGAAAUUUAGACCAAAAAAACCUUUGAACGUAACAUUUCACGUGGGAAUGAAACAACAUUUAGUGGAAAAAACAUUUUAAAAAAAUAAUUUAAAAAAAUUGUUUUUGGAACGUGAACUGUCUUUCUUUUCAAAUAAAAAUAACUUCAUUGUUUGAAAUGAACAAAAUGAAAACAGGUUUUGGGAUAUCCAGAAGUGAGUUUUAAACCUAAAAAAUAUUUGAAGUAUCAUUUUUCUAAUGGGCCUAUGCAGAAUAAUAUUUUGUAAUAAAAAAACAUAAAAAAACAUUUUUUUCCUAUGCAGAAAAACGUCGAAAAAACAAAAUAUAGACAACGUGAAAUUGAGAGAGCGCAGACAUAAAAUUGGGUUUUUUGUCUGCACUCUCUCAAUUUCACGUUGUCUCCACUCAAAAUGAUAAACUGUAUAUUUUGUUUUUUCGACGUUUUUCUGCAUAGGAAAAAAAAUGUUUUUUUAUUACAAAAUAUCAUUCUGCAUAGGCCCAUAACAUUUUGAGAAGCAUCAUUUUUUAUUGUUUUUCAAAUUUUUAGAUUUCAAAAUAAGUGAUGUUUGGUUUUCAAAAAUGUCAUUUUAUUUGUCAUCGCUCUCCUCUACAAAUCAUUGAAUUUUCAGGCUUUCAACUACGCGAUUGUUGCCUCUGAAAUCGGUUCAACAUUCCUCCAUCAAUAUGUUGGACACGAGCCAAGUGGACGACUUUUCAAUGAAAUUUGCUUGGAUUCCAACAGUAAGAAUUUAGAUGAAAAAUUUCCCACGAAUAAAUUUAUUUUCAGAUAUGCCACACAAUCCACUCAUCAAUGCUGGUGCAAUUGUUGUCACUUCAAUGAUCAAACCAACUAAUUCGAUGUCUGAUCGAUUCGAUUUCAUGUUGAAACAAUAUCGAAAACUUGCUGGUGGUGGGCAUGUCGGAUUCGAUAAUGCAACGUAAGUUAUUUAUUUAUUUUCAUUCGAAAAACAUUUAUGAUCAAAAUACUUCCAGAUUCCUUUCUGAAAGAGACACUGCUGAUCGUAAUUAUGCUUUAUCGUAUUAUAUGAAAGAAUAUAGAUGUUUCCCGGAUGAAUCGACAGUUUACGAAAAGGCAAAGGUUUUAACAAUUUAUGUCACCCUGCUUAUUUAAAACUUUAGAGCUAUAAUUAACCUAACAAGAGAGGUCUAUGUUCAACUUUUUUGAAGUUGAUUUUCAAAUUCAAGUGGCUAAAGUUUAGGAAAAAAAAAGUUGUACCUGACACAUUUUGGACCUCUCUUGUACUCGCUUUUCUAUUCCGUUACGUCCAGCGUUUUUCCGCUUUCACCCGAAAUUUUCUAGAACAAUCGACUAUCAUUCAAUGUUUCAGGGACUUCGCGAAGAACUCGAUCUCUACUUCCAACUUUGCUCUUUGGAAACCAAUUGUGAUACAGCGGCUGUUAUGGCAGCGACAUUGGCAAAUGGUGGAAUUUGUCCAUUGACAACUGAAAAAUGUCUCGGAUCGAGACCUUGUCGUGAUAUUCUUUCAUUGAUGUAUUCGUGCGGAAUGUAUGAUUAUUCAGGAAAAUUCGCUUUCCAGGUAAAUAUUGUAAUUUAGUUUCAUCUGAAAACAAUUCGUUUUUAGGUGGGUCUUCCUGCGAAAUCUGGUGUCUCUGGAACAUUGAUUGUUGUUAUUCCGAAUGUUAUGGGAAUUGCAUUGUAUUCUCCACCACUUGAUAAAACUGGAAAUUCGUGCCGUGGUGUUGCUUUUUGCAAGAAACUUGUUGAGAAAUUCAAUUUCCACAAUUAUGAUAGUUUGUUGCAUCCGGAUGAUUCGAAGAAAAUUGAUCCGAGAAGAAGAAUUGGACAUCGAGAGACUGAAACUAUUGUACAAGUUAUGUAUGCUGCAAAGAAUGGAGAUCUUGACUCUUUGAGAAGGUAUUGUUUAUCACAAGUUUUCAACCAAAAAACAACUAUUUUGCAGAAUGUUCAUGCAAGGUGCUGAUCUUCGAACUGCUGAUUACGAUAAACGUACCGCAUUACACGUUUCGGCUGCAGAAGGAAAAACAAAAGUUUGCAAAUUCUUGGUGAAUGUUGUUGGUAUUCCACAUGAUUCUCGUGACAGAUGGGGAAGGUAUCCAUUGGAUGAUGCGAGACAAUUCAAACACAAAGAUGCUGCCAAUUAUUUAUUCAGAUUACAAUAUCCGACUAAGAAGAUGCCUGAAAAUUGGUUUGAAGUUGGAGGAGAUUUGUUGGUUUCGGAAUUGGAAACAUGCAGUGAUAAGUUAGUUUUUCAAGUCUAGAUUUGCAUUGGGGAGAUCACAAAAUUGAAAUUCAAAAAAAUAUAUGAGGAUCUAGAAUUUUGAAAUGUUUGCCUUCUGAGAGCAAAUUUUGAAACGGACCCGAGUGUUUUGGAAAUUUUUGUGCCCAAUCACACACCUCGGCCAAGCCGUGGCUGGCCAGAGUACAAUUUUUGGAAAAAACUGAAUUUAGAGGUCAAAAAUUGAAAAAUCACAGUUUUUAGAGGACAAAAACUGAAAAAUUCACAAUUUUUGUACUUGUUAGUGUACAAUUUUUAUUUCGGAAACCACGAUUUUGGCCGAGGUGUGGUCCAAUCAAAAUUUGAAAAAAAAUAGUUUCAUUCUCAAAAUGUUACCCAUUUCUUCUAGAGUAUUUUUUAACACCAAAUCCGUUUUUAGAGAAAGCAAUGUUAAUGAUGAUUAUGAUUCGGGAGAAGAUGAGAAUGGACAAGGAAUUAUGGGAAUGUUGACAGCUGAUCUUGAGAAACGUGAAUGGGCUCUUCAUGCAAAUGGAAAUAGCGAAAUUGAUUAUCAAGUAACACGAAGAAAAUCAAUGAAUGCAAAACAUGGACAAGUUCCAUUCGGAACACCACCAGUUAUUAAAGAAAAUGGGCAUCCGACUAAAAAUGGACAUCAUACUCCAACAAACAAUAAUUUGAUGCAUCAUUCACACUCAUUCACAAAUGGUUAUUCGAACAAACAUUCAUCUGCCAGGAAAUUAUCAUCGCCAAAUGAACAGGACGAGGAUGAUGUACGUAUUUCUUGUAAUCUUGUUAGCCAUGUUCCACGCUAUUCAUCAAAUCAAGAUUUGUUGAAUAUGCUUGAUUUUGAGGCUGAAGCUGAAGCCUAAAGCUUGGUUUUCCUUUUGUUUUUUUUAGUCUCGGUGUUGGAAGGUUUUAGAAACCUUUUGUUGUUUUAUCAAUUUCGUGUAUUUUGUUGCUUGACUAAUAUUUAGUUGUAAACAUAAUAGUAGUAGUGAAUUAAUUUCUUCUUUGUUUUUAAUUUUUUUCUUACAAUUUUUGGCUUUUCGCUAACUUGUUGUCCUCUGUUGUUGUAACUACUUCAUCCUUUGGAUUUUCAACAUUCGUCAUUUUUUUCCAGACCGAUUAG